UCUAAUGAAUUUUUGUUUCCUCCUCAAGUAACAUGGAAGAAAAAGAGUUAGUUGCACUUGACUUUGACCACACAAUCAUAGAUGCAAACAGUGACACAUAUGUUGCUAAACUAGCCCCUGGUGGUGUGAUACCUGAAGACAUAGAAGCUCUACACAAGCCAGAUGGUUGGACAAAAUACAUGCAACAAGUUUUUCUUUUCCUUUACCAGAACAAGGUUCAACCACAAAAUGUAUUAGAUUGUUUAUCUGAAAUUAGUUUUACCCCAGGUAUGAGGGAACUAUUAUUGUUAUUGUCAAGCUUCAAGAGGUUUGAAAUUAUCAUAAUAUCGGACUCUAAUUCAAUGUUUAUAGAUCAUAUUUUGAAAGUUGGGCAGGUUGCACAUACAGUUUCAGAAGUCUUUACAAAUCCAGCCUACUUUGACCAGUUUGGGAGAUUACAUGUUAAGGAAUUCCAUGUUCAAGAUAUGUGCACUCUUAGUUCUAAAAACCUUUGUAAGGGUGAAAUUUUACAGUCAUACAUAAAAAAAAGAUCAAGUGAAGGCACCCAGUUUUGUAGGACAGCGUUUAUAGGAGAUGGAAACCAUGACUUUUGCCCUUGUCUUCAACUUUCUGUUAAUGAUUUGAUUUUCCCAAGGAUUGGGUUCUCUCUGUGUAAAAAAUUAUCCAGAAACCCAGAAAUGAUUAAAGCCAAAAUUUACCCAUGGGAGUCGGGGUUUGAUAUCAAAGAUGUAUUACUCUAAAAGAAAGCCAAAGAUUUGAAUCAGGUUGCUUGUUUAUUAAACAAAAUGUAAGUGCUAAUUAUUGAAGUUAUGAGUAUGUUUGUUAAAGAAUAACUAAAUAUCAGGUCAUCCCAUAAGUUCUGUCCGGAUUUUAAAUAAAGAAAACGAGUGAUCAAAUCUUACAUUUUAUUGAAAUUUAAUCAUCAAUGUAGUUUCCAUGAUUAUCUAUGACUUCUUUCCAUCUGCUUACAAGCUUUUUAAUCCCACUACUAAAAAACUCUUUCGGUUUCGAAGAGAAGAACUCUGAAAUGUCAGUUUCGACCUCCUCAUGGCUUGUGUGAGUUAAUCCAUCCAAAUGAUUCUGUAAACUACGGAACAAAUGGUAGUCUGAAGGAGCAAGGUCGGGAGAAUAAGGCGAUGAGGA